AUGUCCAUCCAUUUGCAGGCGGCUCGGCGCGACCAUACGACUAGUGGAAAGGUCGGUGCGGUGCCAAUGUUGGUGCCAAAGGGGACAAGACUAAGCGAACAUCCACGGACACCAGAAAAAGAAACCAAACUUACAUUUGGUAUCGACAUGUAUUCUAGGGGUUCAUCAAAAACAAGUACAAGUGCUGAAAAACUCAGGACUUCGUCGAAGCCAUUAAUCGGAAAUUGUACUGCAUCAGGUUCCACCUGUACAACACAUUCUGCCUCACCAAAAGCACGCCGCAGCGCAAACGCAAGAGAAAGGGACCGGACGCAUAGCGUUAAUUCUGCCUUCGUUACACUGAGGACUCUGAUACCAACCGAACCAGCGGACAGAAAACUUUCUAAGAUUGAGACGCUGCGACUUGCCGCAAGUUACAUUUCUCAUUUGAGUAAUCUUCUGGUGGUGGGGCGGUGUACGGGUCUGCAGCCGUGCGUGCGACGUAGGGAGAUGUUGGAGAGAGUGUCGGGAGGCGCGGCCAAAAGGCCUGUGUGUACGUUUUGUCUGAGCAGCGCAAAGACAACGAAACCAUCGGAAAGGUCAUCAGAUUAUAUGGACUUCCCAGUGCAGCAUCAGGCGCAAAUCUUCUACCGGAGCGCCCUCAGAUAG